AGCACGCGUAUCGAUCGUGUCCAUCGUGAGUUGACAAGCUUCUUCUCAUGAAUUUUGAUGACAACCGGGACCGGGACAUUAGAAGAGCCAGAAAACUAACCGGCAUUUUAAGUUUGAGUUGUGCACUAUAAGUAGUAUAAGUUGACCUUCACUGUCCUCAAGUGUGCUUGAGUGUAACGUCAAUUGCUGCUGCUGCUCUCCCUGGUUAGUUUGACCGAACCUACUGAACGAGAUUCAACCCAUUUCAACCAGUUCAGUCAUCCAAUACCAUCAUCCACAUCAUAAUUUACUUACAUUAGCUCAAAUUCUAUAAAUCAAGCCCGUCAAAAUGGUCUGGAUUACUGCUGAUGAUAAGAUGGAGGGAGGAUCUGGUUUACGAGUACAAAAUGCCCAAAGUCAUUUGGACCACAUUUGCAAGCUGGAAAUUGAUUCCCCGGCACCUUUUUAUCGUCUCUCAGGAAUUAUUUGCACUAUCGGACCGGUAUCACGGUCUGUCGAGAUGCUGGAAAAGAUGAUUGAAACUGGUAUGAAUAUUGCUAGAAUGAAUUUUUCUCACGGUUCUCAUGAAUAUCAUGCUGAGACAAUUGCCAACGUCAGACAGGCACAGAAAAAUUUAUCCGAACGCAACAAGAUGAAUGUUCCAGUAGCUAUUGCUUUAGAUACUAAGGGUCCUGAGAUCCGUACUGGUCUUCUUGAAGGUGGUGGUUCAGCUGAAGUUGAAUUGAAGAAAGGACAAACAUUUAAAUUUACAACAGACAAAGCUUACCUGGAAAAAGGCAAUGCUGAAAUUGUUUGGGUUGAUUACGUAAAUAUUACAAAGGUCUUGAAAGUUGGUAAUCGUGUCUUUGUUGAUGACGGUCUUAUUUCUUUGAUUGUCACUGAACUUGCUGCCGAUGGAAUUGUAACCAAGGUAGAAAAUGGUGGAAUGUUGGGUUCACGUAAAGGUGUUAAUCUUCCUGGAGUACCUGUAGAUCUUCCAGCAGUAUCUGAAAAAGACAAGUCCGAUUUACAGUUUGGUGUUGAUCAAGAAGUCGAUAUGAUAUUUGCUUCAUUCAUUCGUAAUGCCGCUGCAUUAACUGAAAUUCGUGGUAUUUUGGGUGAAAAAGGAAAGAACAUUAAGAUUAUCUCAAAGAUUGAGAAUCAACAGGGUAUGACGAAUCUCGAUGAAAUAAUUGAGGCUUCUGAUGGUAUUAUGGUAGCUCGUGGUGAUUUGGGUAUUGAAAUUCCACCUGAGAAAGUCUUCCUUGCACAAAAGUGUAUGAUCAGCAGAUGUAACAAGGUCGGAAAACCCGUUAUCUGCGCUACUCAAAUGUUGGAGUCUAUGGUAAAAAAACCACGUGCUACAAGAGCUGAAACUUCAGAUGUUGCAAAUGCUGUACUUGAUGGCGCUGACUGUGUCAUGCUUUCAGGAGAGACAGCCAAAGGAGAUUAUCCUCUUGAAUGUGUUCGCACAAUGGCUAAUAUUUGUAAAGAAGCUGAGGCCGCUAUUUGGCAUAACCAGCUGUUUGCUGACUUGUCCUCAAAAGCAUUAGCGCCAAUUGAUGCUACACAUGCAGUAGCUAUUGCUGCAGUCGAGGCAUCUACCAAAUGUUUGGCUACUGCAAUAAUCGUACUGACAACAAGCGGUCGAUCAGCACAUCUUAUCUCUAAGUACCGGCCACGUUGCCCAACAAUUGCUGUCACUAGGUUCCACCAAGUCGCACGUCAAGCGCAUUUGUAUCGUGGAAUUUUGCCCCUUCUUCAUACUGAAGCACCAGUGUCUGAUUGGUUGAAGGAUGUUGAUAACCGUGUCCAGUACGGUAUGAAAUUUGGUAAAAGCCGUGGGUUCCUCAAGACCGGUGAUACUGUUAUUGUAGUAACUGGAUGGCAACAAGGCUCCGGUUACACUAAUACACUUCGUAUUGUAAAUGUUGAUUGAAGAGUGAAAGCAGGAUUAAUUAACAAAGAAGAGAUUUGAAGAAUAAGAAGAUAAAAAUAAAAAUAGAAACUAAUUUAUGAUCUGCCAUGUCGAGUUAACUUUCCGAUAAUAAAUAAUUUAAUUUAAUAAUUGCAUUAAAAGAAAUGUUUAUAAAGUUGCUGUUUUAGAUUCAGUAUUAUUUUACUGUCAAAAUAGUGUUCAUAAAAGCCGAGCACAUAGUUGUAACGAUUUAAUAAACAUUGUAUAGUGUUUUACUGAUAAAUAUCAAUAAAUUAUGGAUCACAAAUAAC